AUGGCUUCGAUCAUUUUCUUUACUCUGGCCAUUAUUUUGAGCUCAAGAACUUCGGGAGCCACAUCUCGUGGGGGUGGGCUCUUUGAAGCUUCUGCCAUUGAGAAGCAUGAGCAAUGGAUGUCUCGAUUCCAUCGCGUUUACUCACACAACGCUGAGAAAGCGAGUAGGUUUGAGAUCUUUAAGAAGAACUUAAAGUUCGUCCAGAGCUUCAACAGGAAUACGAACAAGGCCUACAAGUUGGAUGUCAACAAGUUCUCUGACCUCACAGACGAGGAAUUUGAAGCGAGGUACAUGGGGUUGGUGGUGCCCGAAGCUACUUCAUCACUGGAUUCUUACAAAACGGUGUCAUUUAGACAUGAAAAUGUGAGAAAUGAUGUCGUGACGGAGGAGAAGAAGAAGAUACAAAAAGGUGGGGAAGAUGAAGCUAAGAACAUAGUUGAAUGA